UUGAUGGCCAAUGGAGCAGAAAGAAAUGGAUUUAUCUGGAGUUCAUGUGGAAGAAGUACAAAAUAUCCUGAAUGCUAUGCAGAAAAUCUUAGAGUGUCCCAUCUGUCUGGAGUUGAUUAAAGAACCUGUUUCCACAAGAUGUGACCAUAUAUUUUGCAAAUUUUGUAUGCUGAAGCUGCUCAACCAGAAGAGAGGGCCUUCACAGUGUCCUUUGUGUAAGAAUGACAUUACUAAAAGAAGUCUACAAGAGAGUACCCGAUUUAGUCAACUUGUUGAAGAGCUGUUGAAAAUCAUUCAGGCUUUUGAGCUUGACACAGGAUUACCGUUUGCAAGCAGUUAUGACUUUUCAAAAAAGAAAAAUAACUUGCCUGAACAUCAAAAGGACGAAGUUUCCAUCAUCCAAAGUCUGGGUUACCGAAACCGAACCAAAAAACUUCCAAAGGUUGAGUCUAAAAAUCCUGCUUUGCAGGACAACAGUCUAGGCGUUCAAUUCUCUGAUCUUGGAAUUGUGAGAUUUCCAAGGACAACACAGCAGACUCAGUCUCAGAAUAAGUCUGUCUACAUAGAACUGGGAUCGGACUCUUCUGAAGAUACAGUUACUAAGACAGAUUGUCACAGUCUGGAAAACCAAAUCAGCCUUCAAGAAGACAGUGCUAAAGCCACUUUGGAUGCUACAGAAAACAAUCAUGCUGCUUGUGUGUUUUCUGGGAAGGACGCAACAAAUGCUGAACCUCAACAAUCCAGUAGCAAAGAUUUGGCUACCAUUAAGAAGCAUGCAACCGAGAGGCAUCCAGAAAAGUAUCAGGGUAUUUCUAUUUCAAACUUGCAUGUGGAGCCACGUGGCACAGAUACUCAUGCCAGCUCAUUACAGCAUGAGAACAGCAGUUUGUUACUCACUAAAGACAGAACGAAAGUAGAAAAGGCUGAGCUCUGUGAUAAAAGCAAACAGCAUGCCUUAGCAAGGAGCCAGCAGGGCAGAUGGGCUGAAAGUGUGAAAAUGUGUCAUGAUAGGCAGACUCCCGGCACAGGGGGAAUAGAGCCUCUGAAUGUUGAUUCCCUGUAUGGCAGAAAACAGUGGAAGAAGCAGAAGCCUGCCUGCUCUGAAACCUGUGGAGAUGCCAAUUCUUGGUUAACAGUAAAUAGCAGCAUUCAGAAAGUUAACGAGUGGUUCUCCAGAAGUAAUGAGAUAUUAACUCCUGACGACUCACUUGGCCAACAGACUGAAUCAAGUACCAUCCCGGCUGGUACAUUACAAUUCUCAAAUAAAGCAGAUGGACAUUCAGUUUCUUCAGAGAAAGCAGGCUUGCUGACCAGCGGUUCCCAAAAUGCUAUAGUGUGUGAAAGCGAAAGAAUCCAUUCCAAACCAGUCGAGAGUACUAUCAAAGACAAAAUAUUUGGGAAAACUUAUCAGAGGAAGGCAUCCCUCCCAAACUUGAGCUGCGUAGUUGAAAAUCCAGUGAGAGAAGUAUUUGCUAUAGAACCACAGAUAACACAUCCCCCCACAAACAAGUUAAAGCGUAAAAGGAGAGCCACAACAGGCCUUUGUCCUGAAGAUUUUAUCAAGAAGGUGGAUUUGACAGGUGUUGAAAAGACUCCUAAAGAGAGGAAUCGGGAAACUGAGCAAAUGAUGCAGAAUGAUCAGGUGGUGACUACUACUAAUGGUGGGAAUGAGAAUGAAACAAAAGGUGAUCAUGUUCAGAAAGAAAAAAGUGCUAACCCAACAGAAUCAUUGGAAAAAGAAUCUGCCUUCAAUACAAAAGCUGAACCUAUAAGCAGCAGUAUAAGCAACAUGGAACUCGAAUUAAAUAUCCAUAAUUCAAAAACACCCAAGAAGAACAGGCUGAGGAGGAAGUCAGCUACCAGGCGUGUUCAUGCACUUGAACUAGUCGUCAGGGAGAAACCAAGCCCACCUAAUCACACUGAACUACAAAUCGAUAGUUGCAGUAGCAGUGAAGAAACAAAUUUGGGCCAAGUACGCAUCGGUCGCAGAAGAAAACUUCAAGUCAUACAAGAUGCCACUGGAACCAGGAAGAACAAUAAGCCAAAUGAACAAAUAAGGAAAAGACAGGCCAGUGAUGCUUCCCCAGAACUUAAGUUAACAAACGUACCCAGUGUUCUUACCAACUGUUCAAGUUCUAAGGAGCAUCGUGAGUCUGUCGAUCCUAGCCUUCAAAGAGGGGAAGUGGGAGAGACGCACGAUACAGUGCAAGCGUCUAAUACUGCCACAGACCCCAAAGGUCUCCCGUUGAGUGGAGAGAGGAGCGUGCAAGCUGAAAGAUCUGCAGAGAGCACCAGUAAUUCACUUAUUCCCGACACUGAUUAUGAUACUCAGGACAGCAUCUCAUUACUGGAAGCUCGCACCGUUAGGAAUGCAAAAACUGCAGCAAAUGGACAGGAGAGUGAGAGUAUGGCAACUGGAAACCCCCAGGAAGUUGCCCCAGCUUGUUUGGGAAAUACUGGAGAUGACCCAGAGGGCUUUAAGGACCCGUUGAGAAGCGAAGAUGACCACAUUCAAGAGACAGACACAGAACUAGAGGAGAGUGAGCUUGAUACUCAGUAUUUGCAAAAUACAUUCAAGACUUCAAAGCGUCAGUCAUUUGCUUUGUUUUCAAAACCAGGAGAUGCAGAAAGGGAAUGUGUAACUGCACAUACCCAAUCCAGUUGCUUAAGGAAACAAAGUCCAAAAAUCUCUCUUAAAUGUGAACAAAAAGAAGAAAAUCCAAAAAAGGAAGAGUCUAAAGCCAGGCAUUGGCAGGCAGUUAAUCCCACUGUGGGCUUCCCUGUGGUUUGUCAGAAAGAUGAGCCAGGUGAUUAUGCCAAAUGUAGCCUUAAAGAAAUCUCUAAGCUUUGUCUGUCAUCGCAAUUCACGGGUAAUGAAACUGGGCUCAUGGCAAAUACACAUAAACUGUUAUACAACCCGUAUCAUAUACCACCGAUUUCUCCCAUCAAGUUAUCUGUUAAAAACACAUGUGAGCUAAGCCCGUCAGAGGGAAGGUCUGAGGAAUAUUCAAUAUCCUCUGAAAAAGCAGUGGGAAGUGAGAGCAUCUUUUAUAGUGCAAUGAGUACAAUUAGCCAGAAUUACAUGAAAGAAAGUGCUCUUAAAGAAGGCGGCUCAAGCAGUGUUAAUGAAAUGAGUUCUAGUACUAACGAAGUAUGCUCCAGUAUUAAUGAAGUAGGAUCCAGUGGGGAGAACAUUCAAGCACAGCCAGGUAGAAGCAGAGCAGCUGAGUUAAACUCUGUGCUUAGAUUAAGUCUUGUGCAACCUGGUGUCUGCGAGCAAAGUCUUCCCGUAAAUAAAUCUAAACUUCCUGAAGUAAAAGGGCCAGGAGAAAAUGAAGUACUUCAAGCUGUAAGUUCAGAUUUCUAUUCAUAUCUAGUUUCAGAGACCCAAGAGCCACCUAUAGGAAGUAAGAAUCCAUCUCAGAUUUGUUCCGAAACACCUGAUGAUCUGUUAGAUGAUUAUGAUGUAAUGGAAAGUACUAGCUUUGUGGAUGAUGGCAUUCGGGAAAGAUCUGCUGUUUUUAGUAAAAGUGUUCAGAGAGGAAAGAUCAGUAGGACCCCUAGCCCUUUAGGCCAUGCAUGUUUGGCUCAGAGUCACCAAAGUGAAGCUGAGAAAUUGGAGUCCAAAGAAGCGAAUGUGUCCAGUGAGGAUGAAGAGCUGAUUUCCCUCCAACAAUUGUUGUAUGGUAAAGUAACCAAUAGACCAUCUCAAUCAACCAGACAUAGUGCUGUUGCCACUGAGGGUGCAUUUGUAAAAUCUGAAAACUUGGUAUCAUCAGAGAACAGCUUCGACGACUCUAGUAGUGAGAUCAUACUGCCAGAGGCAUCCCAGGAACAUGACAGUGGUGAGGAAAUAGAAUGUUCUGGUAGCUUGUUUUCUUCUCAGCAUGGUGCAGUCGAAGAGGUGAAUGAAAAUGCAAACUCCCAGGAUUCCUUCUUAAUGUUUGAUCCUCUCCCCAAACAAAUGAGACAUGAGUCUGAAGAGCAGCAAGAUGUGAGUGACAAGGAAUUGGCUUCUGAUGAUGACGAAAGGGCAACUGGCCCGGCAGAAGAUAAUCUCCAAGAACAGAAUGUGGAUGCAGACUUAGGUGAAGCAGCGUCUGGGUAUGAAAGUGAAACGAGUCUGUCUGGAGUUCACUCAGAGCUGUCCUCUCAAAGUGAAAUUUUAACCACUCAGCAGAGGGACGCCAUACAAGAUAACCUGCUCAAGCUGCAGCAGGAAAUGGCCCUCCUGGAAGCUGUGCUGGAGCAGCACGGGAGCCAGUCUCCUCACACAUCCCCUUCCCUGCUCGCACUGGAGUCCUGUGCCUCUGAGGGUCAGCUCCAUCUACAACAGAACACAUCAGGAAAAGCAAUACUAACUUCAGAGAAUCGUGGUGAAUCUCCUGUCAGCCAGAAUCCAGAAAGCCUUUCUGUGGACAAGUUCCCAGUAUCUGUGCAUGGUUCCAACAGCAACAAUAUAGGACCAGCAGCUAAAAGCUGUCCCAUUCCUGAAUCCCAGUUGUUCGGCAGUGGGGACGGACACCCUAGCAGUCUUCAAAACAAAAACUGCCCAGCUCCAGAAGGGCCCGCUAAGGAUGCUGGUGUGGAAGAGCAGCAGGUGGAAAAGUCGGAGCCGCAAGAUUCAAGGUCACAGUCUUAUUUGCCCACACAAGAGACAGAGGGCACCUCCUGUUUGGAAUCUGGAAUCAGCCUCUUUGAUGACCCAGAACCUUCUCCUGAGAAUAGAGCCCCUGGGCCAGCUGCAAUAUCUACAUUGAAAUUACCUGAGUUUGAAGUUGCAGAAUUUUGCAAGGGUUCAGCUACUGAGAGCGCUGGAUACAAAGCAGGAAAAGAAAGUGUGAAGCUGGAUAAACCAGAGCUGGCAUCCUCAACAGAAAGGAGCGGCAAUGCGAUGUCCGUGGUAGUUUCGGGCUUGACCUCUAAAGAAUUUUCACUGGUGCAAAAGUUUGCCAAGAAAUUCCACAUCACUCUAAAUAAUGUAAUUACCGAAGAGACUACUCAUGUCAUUAUGAAAACAGAUGCUGAAUUUGUGUGUGAACGGACACUGAAAUAUUUUCUGGGAAUUGCAGGAGGAAAAUGGAUAGUUAGCUAUUUCUGGGUGAUCCAGUCUAUGAAAGAAAGAAAGAUGCUGCAUGAGCAUGGCUUUGAGGUCAGAGGAGAUGUAAUCAAUGGAAGAAACCACCAAGGUCCAAAGCGAGCGAGAGAAUCCCGGGACAGAAAGAUCUUCAAGGGCUUCGAAAUCUGUUGCUACGGGCCCUUUACCAACAUGCCCACAGAUCAACUGGAGUGGAUGGUGCAGCUCUGUGGUGCGUCUGUGGUGAAGGAACCUACGUCAUUCACUGUAGGCACAGAUUCCCACCCAGUUGUGGUCGUGCAGCCAGAUGCCUGGGCAGAGGACGAUGGCUUCCUCGCCAUCGGGCAGAUGUGUGCGGCCCCCGUGGUGACCAGAGAGUGGGUGUUGGACAGCGUAGCCCUCUACCAGUGCCAGGAGCUGGAGUCUUACCUGAUACCGCAGCGCCACCACAGCCACUGCUGAGUGCAGCCAGCCACGUGCCUGGAGCUGCAGGACCCCAAGGCAAAGCUGAAGAAGUGUCCUCUCAAGGCCCCAGCAGCCCCUCACUCUUCAGUCUGUCCACAGUCCCUGUUCGUAAAUAUUUUAUGUACAUCAGUCUGAAAAGGACUUCUGGCUAUGCAAGGGUCCCUUAAAGAUUCUCUGCUUCAAAUCUCUCUUUGAAAUCUGCCAUGAACACAAAAUUGUGGUAAUUUUUCACCUGAGAAGAAUUUAAGACCAUUUAAGCCCCACCAGUUCAGCAAGAUGCUGAUUCAUUAUUUAUGAACCUGCCUCCUACUGCUACUGCUGGCAGUGGGGGGCUGGAGGCACAGAGUGGCUUGGCCUCUCAAGAUUGGUUUUCCUGUCUGGCCAAAGCUUUGGUUUCCUUCAGGCCAAGAAUUCAACCCUGCGAUGGGAGAAGAGUGCUUAGGAUCUGUGAUGUGACGUCCAAUUUGGACUGCUCUGAAAUGUUGGAAUGGAAUGGGGAGGAAAUUGAGAGGCAGGUAAUGGAUAUGUACGUGAAACUGGAGGGUUAAUUAGAGGCAAGUUCCUUUCUGAAGACUGCUCAGAAACAGCCGAACACCUUAAAGCACCAGCGUCCAAAGACAGUCUUCCAACUGGUAAUAAAGAAAAUGUUUAUUGUUGUAGCUCUAGAAUGUAACUCACUCCCCUGAAGAUGCAAGGUCUCUGAUAUGAAUAUUUCAUGUCUGUAAAAUGACAGAUCCCACCAGGAAAGGAGCUGUUGCCUUGUUUGAGGUAAUUUUUUUCCCUUUUUCUCCCUGUUGCUGAACUGCAACAGCUUCAUAAAUAAUUUUGCUUGCUGAAGGAAGAGAAAGUGUUUUUCAUAAACUCAUUAUCCAGGACUGUUUAUAGCUGUUGCAUGGACUGGGACUUUUCCUGCACCCCCGUGUGGAAGGGCAUUGCAGCCUUCAUUGUGCAAAAUCUGUUCUGUAACUGUUGGUGCUGCAAAUAAACAAGGCAGCAAAUACUUCCA